AUGAAGUCUGCAGAGGAUCAGGUCGUUGAAGAGGACACCGGUUUCCAGGAUGAGGAGGGGUCGUUCUUCCAAGACCUCGACGUCCUACAGAAACACGGGAUUAAUGUGGCAGACAUCAAAAAGCUGAAGUCAGUGGGUAUCUGCACUGUGAAGGGGAUCCAGAUGACCACUCGCAAGGCUCUGUGCAACAUCAAGGGCCUGUCAGAGGCCAAGGUGGAAAAAAUCAAGGAAGCUGCAGGGAAAAUGCUGAGUGUUGGUUUCCAGACGGCCUUUGAGUACAGUGCCAAGAGGAAGCAGGUGUUCAACAUCACGACUGGGAGCCAGGAGUUUGAUAAGCUUCUGGGUGGAGGUAUAGAGAGCAUGGCGCUCACAGAGGCUUUUGGAGAGUUCCGCACAGGGAAAACCCAGCUGUCUCACACACUUUGUGUCACUGCUCAGCUGCCAGGCGAGGAUUCCUACUCAGGCGGGAAAGUCAUCUUCAUCGACACAGAGCACACCUUUCGUCCAGACAGACUGAAAGACAUCGCCGACAGGUUUAACGUGGACCACGAUGCUGUGCUGGACAACGUGCUUUAUGCUCGAGCCUACACAAGUGAACACCAGAUGGAGUUGUUGGACUUUGUUGCAGCCAAAUUCCACGAGGAAGGAGGAGUGUUUAAACUGUUGAUCAUCGACUCCAUUAUGGCUCUGUUCAGAGUAGAUUUCUCAGGUCGUGGAGAACUGGCUGAGCGGCAGCAGAAACUAGCGCAGAUGCUCUCCAGGCUGCAGAAGAUCUCUGAAGAGUACAAUGUAGCCGUGUUCCUCACCAACCAAAUGACAGCUGAUCCUGGAGCAGGAAUGACGUUUCAAGCUGAUCCCAAGAAGCCAAUCGGUGGACACAUCCUGGCCCACGCCUCCACUACGCGAAUUAGCUUGAGAAAGGGACGCGGAGAGAUGAGGAUUGCCAAAAUAUUUGACAGUCCUGACAUGCCUGAGAACGAAGCCACGUUUGCCAUCACCGCUGGAGGAGUCGCCGAUGCCAAAGAGUGACAGGAGGAGACGCAGCUCUCAGCCCAGUUCCAGUUCCAGCCAUUUUAA